AGGAUUCUGUGGUUGCUACGUGAUGUCUCCACGUGCAUCAUUCUGACAUGACGAUCAUUCGAACAUAAACGAAGUGAGUUUCAGCCGAGAAUACACGCAGUGCUUUUCAAAGGUUUCACUCAACGAUUUCUGGAAAGAGACGACCUCCAUCCACACCUUGUUUAAAUCCCACAACAGCUGACGACCCAGUAAAAAGGAACAAAGCUGUUUCAGCAUGGAAGAUCCUGAUCAGCGUUCCACUUGGACAUCUGUCCUCGUGCCCAACCCCAACCGGCCCGGCAGCCCGAGACUGAUCCUGAGGAGGAUCCCAGCACCAGGCCCCUCCAGCAGCUCCUCCCCGAGCUCCACAUCCAGGUCUACUCCUCCCACACCUUGUGGCUAUCUUUGUUGCUCUUGCUCUAGCUGCUCUUGCUCCACCUUCUGUUCUGGCUGCUCUCUCAGGUUUCCCAGCCCCUCUCCAGCCUCUCCUCCCAGCAGGCCACAGGAUGAUCAGAGCAAGGUCGCCCUUAGGAAGCUGCUGGUGCCUGAUCAGCGCUCCACUUGGACAUCUGUCCUCGUGCCCAACCCCAACCGGCCUGGCAGCCCGAGACUGAUCCUGAGGAGGAUCCCGGCACCAGGCCCCUCCAGCAGCUCCUCCCCGAGCUCCACACCCAGGUCUACUCCUCCCACACCUUGUGGCUAUCUUUGUAGCUCUUGCUCUAGCUCUUCUUGCUCCACCUUCUGUUCUGGCUGCUCUCUCAGCUGCUCUUGCUCCACCUUCUGUUCUGGCUGCUCUCUCAGCUGCUCUUGCUCCACCUUCUGUUCUGGCUGCUCUCUCAGGUCUCCCAGCCCCUCUCCAGCCUCUCCUCCCAGCAGGCCACAGGAUGAUCAGAGCAAGGUCGCCCUUAGGAAGCUGCCAGUGGUGAGUUCCCCUGACAGACCUGAAGUACCCAGUAAGGUGAGUACAUGUCUGAGUUCUCAGAACCCCACCAAGCCUCGUCCGAUGACAGCUGGUCCCCGGCCAAAGUGGGUAAGGAACAUGCAGGCUAUUAUCAGGGAGAGAAACAGGCAGCGUGGCAUCAGGGGAGGUAAGAGAACUGCUGGACGCCCAAAAGGUGAACCUGCAGCCAAGCGCUCCUUUAACUCUUAGAUAGUCUCUCUUCAGUUUCUGUUCUGCAAAUGUAAAAUGUCAUGUCCUUUGGAAAAAUGUGGCGCAGCAGGAAAGAUAUUUUGCACUGGAUUCUGCUUGGUUGUUUUUUCUUUGCUUCCAGGACAAGGAUUAAACAUAAGACCCCAGAGGACCCCAAAAGCAGACGAGACAAGUGAAGGUGAACAGAUGAGAGAAGAAAUUAGAAACAGAUCCAGGAUCAGAACAUGAGAUGAACGACUUGCAGAAGGUUUACCAAAGAGAUUUGUCCUCCAUGAGGUGAGCGACAGCCCCUGGGUGACAAAAGAAAUUAGAAGCAGACCCAGGAUCAGAACUUGAGAUGAACAACAACUUGACAAACAAAGCAAUCCAAAACGGCCAAAAGACCCCAAGGAUAAGAGACGAGAUGAGGACCAGCCCCAAGAUGUGAAGCCAGGCCCAGAGAGACAAGGGAGCCCAAGUCGCAGGGACACGGAAGAACAAAGUGAGGCACAGAGACCCGAGAAGACGAAAAAGCAGAAAGAACAGGGAGGAGCCACAGGAUGACAGAAGAGAUGAGAAUCAGCUCCCAAAAGACCCGAGAUGAGGAUGGAACCAAAUUCGAGAUGGAACCAAAUUCCACCCCCAGCCCCACCCCUCUCUCUCCUUCUCUCUCUCUCUCAACCCAACCGGUCAAGGCAGAUGGCCGCCCACCUAGAGCCGGGGUCUGCUCCGAGGUUUCUGCCUUCCAAAAGGCAGUUUUUCCUCGCCACUGUCGCCAAGUGCUUGCUCAUGGGGGAAUGUUGGGUUCUCUGUAUUACAAAGUUUGUGUGAUACAGCCAGGAGAUAUAAAUAAACUGAACUGAAUUGGAGUGAAUUAAGCAGAUAACAAAGAGUAAAAUGGAUGACAAAGGACAGGAAGGAACAGCCCUGAGAAGAGAUGGGGACAUGCAGAAUACCAGCAGCUAGCAGAAGACGUCUGGUGCCUGAACUAAACACGCUCCAUUUAAAGAUGCUGGGGACGAGUUGACAAGAAGAAGAAUCGGGGCAGAGCCAACAGAAGAGGAGUUCAACAACAUCUGACAUGAUUAAACUAUGUAAAAAAAGUCCUCAAUACAAAGUCAGAACAAGAAGAAUUGUGUCUGUUGUUUCAGGGUUUUGGCAUUUUAUUUUCAUGCCAUGUGCUGCCAAAUCAUUUUGCAGGGAUAGAAACAAAACACACAGUACUAAAAUGUAAGCAACCCUGCUGGUUUAAAGUUUUCUAUAAUUUUGCCAGUCAUACCUUGCAGCUUUAAAUGAUCUUGAACUAUUUCCAUUUUAGGGUAAAUUUGUGGCAAAUCUCCUGGUUUUCCUCCUUUUUUCUUAAAUCAGAGCCAUAAUAAAUCCAAUAGACAUCUGUCAAGCCAGCAGCAACUCUAUUGAUGUAUUCUGAAAAUAUUACCCAGACUCAUAUUUAUCCAAGUUCGAUCAGAAAAUUGUGACCUACUGGAUCAAAUUAAAUGAAAAUAAACAGAAACUCAGGAAGAAGAAGUGGUCCUUCUAAAUUAAUCAAGUCAAGUCAAAUCAGGUCCCUGACUUGAUGAUCAGAGAGGCGGCAGGUCCUCAUUCGUGCCUGCGCUGUUGUAAACUGUGAUAAGAAUAAAGGAGACACACAUUGUGUUGGUGUUAACUUCA